AUGCCACGGGUUGUGACGGGCGACGAUCUGGAUUUUCUCCCAUGUCCAGCCAAAGAAUGUCAGCCAGGAUACUCCGCAGAGUGGAAUUCCAUCUCGAACGCCGAGCCGGAGAUGUCAUCGAACUAUCUCAUGCCGAGCAUAAAUAGCGAUGGCUCAAACAUACUGUGGCACUACCCGAAUGGAUGUGGCGGAGUCGCCAUGCAAACCUUCAUGCCUGGGAAGAUGAUGUUCGAUGCUGGCUACCAGUCCUACCAGGAGUAUCCAGGAGAGGCGCCAGCAGGUGAAGUGCUGCAGAUGGGCAAGGACUUCCACCUGAACUUCAUCAAAACCGAAGUAAGCGACGCGUCCUUCCCGGGAAGUGGCCGAAGUGGUGCAGGCGGCACCACACUUCCUUGGGGCGAGACGCCAUCCAUGCAGGCUUCACCACGCAGCUCACGACAAACUUCGCCACAGAAUGCAGAGAUUGAGAUCCCUUCGAACUGGCAGAGUGCAACCACUGUGAUGGCCAGAAAUUUGCCCAACAAAUACAAUCAGCAGAUGCUGAUUGACGAGUUGAACAGCGCAGGAUUUUCUGGAACCUAUGACUUUUUGUAUCUUCCGAUUGACCCGGAGACAAACGCCAACCGUGGCUAUGCGUUCAUCAACUUCAUCAGCCCGAGCUAUGCCUGGAUGAUGCGCACGGCCUACGAGGGGCGGAAGAUGGGGAAGUUCAACUCCGACAAGGUCGUGUCAGUGGUACCAGCGGCCUUGCAAGGCUUCGAGGCAGAUGGGAACGCAGGGAGAUCGAGAAAGACAUCUUCGAUAUCCUUCGAUGCACCGUGA